UUCAACGAAAAAAAGAAAGAAAAAAUAUCGUUUUAUGGGUCACUAAUUUACGCCAGAUGGUCAAUAGUCGCCAUGGAUGUGCGAGACCUCACACUCGAAACUGCCGCCCAUCACCUCAUGGAAGCCACCACUAAUAUGGAACUGAAAUGAGCAUUGGCAAAAAGACCAGUCACGCUCUUGAUGGAGCUAGAAAUCAAAAUCAAUAAAGCCAUCACCCUAGAGAAACCUUCGGCCUGGGAUCUGUACGACGCUUCGAGCCGUCAAGACCAAUCAGAGAGGAACAGACGCGCAGACAACUCCCGAUACCACUCGAACAACUUGCACAAUGCCACAACGGAGCAAGUCGGCCACUCGCCCCGCCGGAGCAAGCAACGCGUAGAUGCUCCCCGGACAUGCGUCCGUCAAACACCUUUACACCCCUCAAUGAUACAGUCAAGAAUGUAUUUCACCUCAUUCGCGAAAAAGGCUACCGUCUCAAUUGGCCCGCGUCAGUAAGAGUCGCACCUCAUAUGCGCGACCACAGGAAACAUUGUGACUUCCACAGAGAAGCAGGUCACCUGAAGGAAGAUUGUGUGAACCUUCGAGUUGAAAUCGAAGCGCUUAUCCGAAGAGGGUUCUUGUCCGAAUGUGUCCGCGGAGCGAAAGAACAGAAGGAACAAGAUGCAAGACCACCACCACCCCCACAACUCGACUACAACGAAAUUACCGGUUCGUACAUAGUACGAAAAGAAAUAUGUGCUGUAACGAUCGAGGGAGAUCAGCCAAAGAAGAAGACAAAGCAUGACCGAGCAAUGGAGUGCGCGACAAUUGAUGCGCAACCAAAGUGUAACAUGAGUUUUGACGACGCAGAGUUCCCACAGGGAAUACCAUCAAAAGAUCCCCUUACCAUCACCGCUUUGAUAGUUGCGUGCAAAUUCUAUCGCCUGUUGAUAAAUGGAGGCAGCGACAUCAUGUUCAAAAGCACCUUGGAUCAGAUGGACAUCGACCCACACAUGAUCAAACACGCACAGGGAAAUUUAGUGGGGUUUUCAAGAACACGAGUGGCGGUAAUAGGAGCAAUAACGCUACCUGUCGUGAUUGGAGACCAGGAACCACGAGUGUCAAAACAAGUUGAUUUCACCAUUGUGGACAACAAUUCACCCCACAAUGGCAUCCUGGGACGAGCGUUCCUCGCCAAAUUCAUGGCCCUACCAUCCACAUGCCACUAGAAACUCAAGUUCCCCACCAAAGUAGGAACCGGGGAAUAGCGCGGGCUGCAUUAGAGCGUAGCAAUGGAGGUACAACCCAUGCGCCAAACCAACAUAAUCAUACAAGAGCGGAGGAGCCGCGCCCGAAGUCUAUGGAUUCCGACUUCGUAGUCGCACUCGACCCAACUGAGCCACAAAAAAAGUGCGCAUCUCGACCCAACCUGAUUUGCUCUUCUGAGGAAACCCUGAGUUUUUUUUAUAGCCUAAUGAUUGUUGAUUCUCUCCGUAUGUUUGAUUAUAUUGACGAUGUUUGUGGCCUCCAGGAUCAGAGGAUCCAAGCUUUACAACUAGCAAGUUAGAGGGAGAGAGCCGGAGGAGCCGCACCCGAUUUCUAUUGCAUUAGAGCGUAGCAAUGGAGGUAUAACCCAUGCGCCAAACCAACAUAAUCGGUACAGGAGCGGAGGAGCCGCGCCCAAAGUCUAUGGAUUCCGACUUCGAAGUCGCACUCGACCCAACUGAGCCAACCAAAAAAGUGCGCAUCUCGACCCAACCUGAUUUGCUCUUCUGAGGAAACCCUGAGUUUUUUGAUAGCCUGAUGAUUGCUGAUUCUCUCCGUAUGUUUGAUUAUAUUGACGAUGUUUGUGGCCUCCAGGAUCAGAGGAUCCAAGCCUUACAACUAGCAAGUUAGAGGGAGAGAGUAAACAUGCAAUUUUUAUGGUCAAACUCUAUCUCCUUAUUUCAUUGCAAACUUAUGCUCUUAUAGAGUUGAGAGGAGAUACAAAGACGUCAUUGCUUACGUUUGUGAGACAGAAACGUAAAGCUAACACGUCAAAAGAAAACACAUGAAACGAUACAAAAGCUUGUAAAAUACAAUAGUGCAAGACUUUUUUAAAGGAGUCGGUCAACCUUUUCUUGUCGUUUUAUCCUAUGUUUUUUUAUUCAUUUCUCUUUCUUCACAUGCAUCUCUCAGUCUUGGUCUGUAGGUCUAUUGAUGUCUUCUUCAUUUGAUGCACACCACACAUAGAAGUGGUUCUCAUAGAUGCUAAGUGCAUUGCACAACUGUUUCUUGAUUUGGAUGGGAAGAGCUGACCGACUUACACUAAUUUCAGUGAAUUCUUUAAUUUUUUCUAUUAUGACUGUCCAAUCUUCUUUGGUCAUGUUUCCUCUGGUUUUGCUGGUGAUGAUGGCUUCGGGGCUGCUGUAAUUGACUUUGAUCUGACUUUCUGGUUCAAUCUUGGUUAAUAUACUACAUACUGCUCAAAAUACCCUUUACUUGGAAGUCUAGGUUCUUCUCAUAAUUUCGAAGGUCAUCUCUAGUAGGAUAAUCAUGAUUUGAUACUCCCAUAAGGAUAACUGCCUUUGAUAUGACCAAUAGCUUCUCUUAAUCGAAUAUGGGGUAGCUGCUUGUUGAGAAAUAUUUCUCGUUCUUUGGCGAAUAGCUCAAGAUAUCUUCUGUUCACGUUUCUCAUCCUUUGUGGAAAGUAUUCAAAUACCUUCAUGGUUGUGGUGUAGAUAGUGUCGAUUAAUCCAUACCGAUGGAUCUCAAAAGAGAGUUCUGCUGAUGCUUCUUAUGUAUUACUACUUUGGGUCCUCCUCGAGUGGCGGGGUAAAUACCCAUAGUUGUGUGUUUUUUGCGUAGUUGAUUAUCGUAUCCCAGUUGAAUACGAACUUCUGAAAGACCGCUUUUAAUUGUUCUUCUUUUUCUUUGGUGGUUGAAAUGCUUUUGAUACUGGGUAUCUUCAUGAUAAGUUUCUGCGAUUAUUGUUCUUUAUUCUUGACUGGUUCUUUCAUUGCCAUCACUUUAUAUAAUUGUCUAAAUGCUUCUUUGGUUUUAAAUUAUUGAUGUUGGAUCGGUUUGCCAUUGAUGUGUUGACUAGCGAUAGCCCAGUUGUGAUAUACUCCUCGACAUGGUUCAUUGAAUAUGACAUACCACUUUCUAUCUUUCUUGUCUUCUUCUUCAUAGUGUGAAUCUUUUCCUUCUUUUUCUUCUUGUUCAACGAUGUCUGGCCAUCGUGUCGUCUUUUGUGUAUUAUUACUGGUAGUAGUUGAUGACUGUGUUGAUGCUGACUUUUUCUUUUUCAAUAGGUUCUUUGGUAGGUGUCGAUGAUUGUCCAUUAGCAGAGCUAAUUGACAGAGUACUAAUGUCGAUUUUUAACUGUUGCUGAAUAACAUUGAUUGAAUGAAUUAUAACUUCUUCCUUCCCCCUGCGAAGGAGAAGUUGUUGUUCCAAUGCUACACUCUUUUCCUGCUUCUACUUUAGCUGAUUGAUGAGUGUCAUUAUAAAUCCUUCCAUUCUCGAGUUAGUGUGUCAGUGAACGAUUAUUGCUCGACUUGAUAUACUUUAGAUAAUGAUUGUAAUAAUGGAGUUGUUGUUGCCACUUGAUUAAUCUCCCUUUGUUGAAAUCUGCUUGUAGCUUGUACCUCCAGAAACCUGUAACAUAUUUGGAAUCGGUUUGAAGUUCAAACCUUAUUGAUAAUAAUUCUAACUUUCAUUUUUUUCAAUGCUCAGAGACAAGCUAGUAUCUCUAAUUCAUGGAUUCGAUAGUUCUGUACGGUGGUGGUGAAUGUUCCAGAAAUAUGUUUACAUAGUUUCUUGGAAUAUUUAUCAUUGUGGAAAGGAACUGAUAAUUGAGAAUGCGAAGAUUCAAUAAUAUUGUUCGUAGACUGAAAAUCUUUAGGCUUUGAGCCAGAGACAAGAGCAUCAUCAUUGUCAAUUCUAAUAUUACCAAAAUUGUCUAUCCAAAAUAUUUCCUUGCCAUUUGGUAUGACUAACAUGCAUCCUGUACAAGUGUCCUUAGAGACAUCUGUUUGAAUUAUUAAAAACUCCUUUCACAAGGGUUAUAUAACUUCGGUAAAUGCUGAUAUUUUUCUUACAUUAAUAAAACUAUUUUUGUCUCUUGAUCAUUCCAUGACCAAGGGAUUUUGUCAGAAAUCUUUUUCUGUAAAUGUUUUCUUUAUUUUGCUAAGUCUUUUAAAUAUCCUUGUUCACUAAUAUAAUUUACACAUCCAAGGAAUAAUUGAAUUUUUUUAAUUUUCAAGCUGCUUUGGAAAUUUAAUGAUUUUUUCUUUUGUAUUUGGUGACCACUCAAUUUCACCGAAAUUGUUAAUCUCCAUAGCAAAAUAUUCAAUUUCCUUUUGAAGAAACUUUGCCUUCUUCUUUUAAUAAUUAGACAUUCUUUCUUUUAUUCUUUGUAAAAUCAUCAAAUUUUCUCACGAUGAUCUUCUUCUUAUUGGUUAGUAAAAAGGAUGAUAUCAUCAAUAUAUGCCAAACAAAAUGAUUGAAAACCAUCUAAAAUAUGAUCCAUAAAUCGUUGAUAAAUAGUCGAUGUUUGCUUCAAUCCGAAUGGAAGAAAAUUCCAUUCAUAGUGCUUUUGUGGUGAACAUGAAAAAGCUAUUAAUGGUUUGGUAUUUUCAUGUAAUUGAAGCUACCAAUAUCCUGAUUUAUCAUCUAAACUUCUAAACCAUGUCUGACCUUUUAAUACUUCAUUUUUAGUGAUUAUUCUGGUUGUGAUAAUUUUAGAUUCCUGAUUUUUCAUUUUAAGACAUCUAAGACUAAUAGUUUUAAUUCCCUGGAUAAAUGGUUGAUAUAAUUCUAAAAAUUUAUUUCCUAUAAUUAUAAUUAAUCCCGAGUCAUGUUGAUAAAUUGUUUUGGCUGUAAAGAUAUAUUUUUCAAUGAUUAUCUAUACAUACUGUUUUACAUACCAGACUUAAUGAAUAGAUUUAUCUGCUACCACAAUUUUUAGAAAUUUUUCUAGUUUAUCCCAUUUUUUAAUGGUUGAUCUAUUGGCAAAGCAUAGGGUUUCUCUUGUAUCUUUAUAUGCUAGAAAGUUUUUCUCUUAUAUUUCUAUUUUAAUAAAUGUUGCAUUAGGAUUUUACUUAGUUAAUACCUUCUUCUACUUAUCUGAAGAAGUCUCUUAGUCUGAAAUGUAUUCAAUAAUUUCUACAUCGGAUAGUUCAAAAUCCAUUUUUUUAUUGGUCCAAAACCACAACCAUAAGCUAAUCUAAGGACUUUUUGUUUUCUAAUAUUAGUAUUUUUCUUAGUAUAUUUAUUUGCGUAAUGUCCUUCUUCAUUAUAAAACCAACAUCUACGAUUGGUUUUCCUUUUAGGACAAUAUUCUUGUUGUUUCGUUUUCUGUUUAAACAGUUUUCUAUCUUUGAAAUAUUUAUUAGGUUUUCUAAACGUAUUUUCCCUAUAUUCUUGAUAAGUUAUUUUCUCCAUUUUUAAUGGGUUAAUUGCAUGGUUGGUCACUGAGAUUACAAAAAACGUUCAAGUUUGGUCACUCAAAAUAUUUAAAUCCAUCGGUGGUACUUCAGUUUAUUGAAACCAUUCACGUUUGGUCACUCUCCGUCCAACUCCGUUAACUUUGGAUGAUGUGGCAGUCAACUCUCAAAGUUGACCGUUAACUUAGUGACGUUGUAAUUCAGAAAUAAUAAAUAAUUAUCUUAUGAUCAUCAUUACAACCAUAUUUCCCAACUCUAUCCAUUGUUUUUACAUAAUAGAGUUUGAUCUUAGCUUGUUUUUUCAAUUUUUUUCUCAUUACAAGCACUUAUAUGUCAUUCUUGUAAUACUAAUAUUCAUCCUCCUAAUGCAUAUGGUAUUUCAUCUUUUGACAAAGAUUCAUUAAAAAUAGCUUCGGCUCUUUCAGAAAUUAUUGGUGGUAAUUUAGCAUAGAGUAAUUUAUCUAGGUAUUUUCUUAUUGAAGGGAUAACCAGAUAAUAGUGUGCUAUGAAUUUACAAAUAAAUGGUAUCGAGAAACACAUGUUGUAUAUUCUAAGAUUAGUUAAAUUCCAAAUAACCUGUUGGUUUAUGGUUGUGUUUGAUUUAUUUUUUCGAGGAUGUCUUACUAAGAAUUCAUAAGUUAUUGAAUUUAAAAAAAAAUCAAAGAUAUUUGUAGCAUCUGUUGUUCCAUAUAAAUUGUCUUACCUAGAAUAUUCAUGUUGUUGAGAUAAUGAUAAAAUGCUCCUAUCGUUUUAUAAAUUAAGAAGUUAAACAUUCAAAAUGCUCCUAUUCUCUAGGUUGCAAUUUCUUUAGAUCUUCAUUAUUUUGUAUUAAUAAUCUUGUUCGAUUUUUCCAGUCUUCUAAUUAUUUUAAUAGAUUAGCGCAACAUUC